AUGAUUACAAGACGAUAUUUAUCAACGACAAGACGACUACUACAGUCUUCAGAACAGCCUAGAAUUAAUCAAUUAGGUAUUCAAUACCUUUCCAAUCAAUUACAUAAAAAAAUAUUUCCUAGUAAUCCACCUUCAUCAUAUUUGAAACCUAAACAUCCCGAAUUAUUAGAAGCUUCAAAGCGUCAUUUAAUUGAAAAUAAUCUAUAUGGGAAGAAAACUAACAUAGUUGAUCCAAUAACAAUACCUGAAUUUCCAAAUUUAGUGGGUAAGUCUUUAGAUGAACAUUUUUACAAAUUGGGUUUAAAAUCUUCUGAACCUUAUAAAUCUAUGGCCGAUGAGUUUUUAAAAUUAGAGAAUAAACUACCUGAAAUGCCAAAAGAGUGGAUCAUGCAAUCUGGAUGGACUAGAUAUGAACCUGGAAAAGAACCAGAAAAGGUAGAUUAUCCAUUAGAAGAUACUUUAGUAUUUGAUGUUGAAGUAUUAUAUAAAAUUUCAAAAUAUAGUUGUUUUGCAACUUGUGUUUCUUCAAAUGCAUGGUAUGGUUGGGUGAAUCCAGUAGUUGAACAAAUUAGAGAUGGAAAGAGGAAAAAAUUAGACUGGGAUCAUCUUAUUCCCUUUAAUGGAAUGAAGAAGGAGAAAUUAAUAAUUGGAUAUAAUAUAUCUUAUGAUAGAGCUAGAAUUGCAGAAGAAUAUAAUAUUAAAUCAUCUAAGAAUUUCUUUUUAGAUGGUAUGGCUUUACACGUUGCAACUUCUGGAAUUUGUUCACGUCAGAGAAAUAAAUGGUCAAAAUAUAAUAAAUUUAAAACUUUAAGUGAUGAUUAUAAAGAAAUGAAAGAAAUGGAAGAUUCUCAAUCUGAAUCUGAAGCUGGUCUUGACAGUGAAAGUGAGAGUGAUGAGGAAGUCAUAGACAUGAAUGAUGUUAAUGAAUUAAUUAAUGAUGAAGUUUCAGAUGAUCCUUGGUUAUUAAAAGGUACUCCAAAUUCAUUAAAAAAUGUAGCUAAAUUUCAUUGUAAUAUUGAUUUAAAUAAAGAUGAUAGAGAUUGGUUUAGUCAUGAAGAUCCGGAAAUUUUAAUUACUCAUUUCCAAACAUUGAUGAAUUAUUGUGGUAAUGAUGUGAGUGCAACUUAUGAAGUUGUCAAAAAGAUAUAUCCUGAUUUUUUAAGAAGGAUACCACAUCCUGUAUCAUUUGGAGCUUUAAAAAACCUUGGUAAAUUGAUACUACCAACGACAAGAAAAUGGGAAACAUAUAUUAAAUCAGCAGAAGAUUGUUAUUUAAAAAAUAGAGAUCAAGUAACUCAAGUAUUGAAAUCUAGAGUAGAUGACUUAUUAAAAUUGAAACCAGAAGAAAAGAAAAAGGAUGAAAGUGAAGUAGUAAAUGAUCCUUGGUUAUCUCAAUUACAUUGGACGAUUAAACCAUUCAAAUAUAAAAAAGAUGGAAGUUUAGCAAAACGACAAGCAUACUUAUCUGGUUAUCCUGAAUGGUAUAGAGAAAUAAAUAAAGGAAAUGAAUACAAAUUAUCAAUUAGAUCAAGAAUUACACCUAUAUUAUUAAAAUUAAAAUGGGAAGGAUAUCCAUUAUUUUGGAUUGAUUCACAAGGUUGGUGUUUUAAAGUUCCAUAUGAUGAAGAUAUAAUAAGACAAUUGGAAGCUAAACAAUAUAAACAAGCAAAAUUAACCGAAGAUGAAAUUGAAAUGACGAUGGAUCAAUUAAGACCAAGUGGAAAAUCAUACAUAUUAUUUAAAAUUCCUCAUCCUGAUUCAUCAAAUAAGAGAACAACAAUAGUUUUAUCCAAAACUUAUUCUAGAUUUAUUGAAGAUGGUAUAUUAAGUUCAGAAUAUGAAUAUGCAAAAACAAUAUUAAAAUUAAAUAAUGAAGCUAGUUAUUGGGUUGGAAAUCGUCAACGAAUAACGGAUCAGUUUGUGGUAUACGAUAAGAAAAAUCCAGGAUUAGGUUUCAUUAUACCUAAUUUAGCUACUAUGGGGACAAUAACAAGAAGAGCUACUGAAAAUACAUGGCUUACAGCAUCAAAUGCAAAAGAAAAUAGAAUUGGAAGUGAAUUAAAAUCAUUAAUUCAAGCUCCUGAAGGUUAUUGUUUUGUUGGUGCCGAUGUUGAUUCUGAAGAAUUAUGGAUUGCUUCACUUGUUGGAGAUUCAAUGUUUCAAAUUCAUGGUGGUACAGCAUUAGGUUGGAUGUGUUUAGAAGGCUCAAAAAACGAAGGAACAGAUUUACAUUCCAAAACUGCAAAUAUUUUAAACAUAUCUCGUAAUAAUGCAAAAAUUUUCAAUUAUGGUAGAAUAUAUGGUGCUGGGAUUAAAUUUGCAACUAGUUUAUUAAAACAAUUUAAUUCAAGAUUAUUAGAUGAUGAAGCUAAUAAUAUUGCAAAGACAUUAUAUGAGAAAACAAAAGGAAGUAAGAUAUAUAAAGGUAAAAAUGGCACUCGUGGUUUUUAUUAUGGUGGUUCUGAAUCAAUCAUGUUUAAUGCAUUAGAAGCAAUUGCAAAUCAAAAAGAACCAAAGACUCCAGUAUUGGGAGCUAGAGUAACUGAUGCAUUAUCGAUAGACAACUUAAAGAAGAAUACAUAUAUGCCAAGUAGAGUAAAUUGGACAAUUCAAAGUUCUGGUGUUGAUUAUUUACAUUUAUUAAUUGUUUCAAUGGAUUAUUUAAUUGAGAAAUAUGGAAUUGAUGCAAGAUUGGCAAUUACAGUUCAUGAUGAAUUAAGAUAUUUGGUCAAAGAAUCAGAUAAAUAUAUCGCUGCACUAUGUUUACAGAUAGCUAAUGUUUGGACAAGAUGUAUGUUUUCUGAACAAUUGGGUAUAUUGGAAAUUCCUCAAUCUUGUGCAUUUUUCAGUGAUAUUGAUAUUGAUCAUGUUCUAAGAAAAGAAGUAUCAUUAACUUGUAAAAGUCCAAGUAAUCCAUAUGAAAUUGAACCUGGUGAAUCAUUGAAUAUAAAUCAAUUAUUGGAUAAAUUGAAACAAGAUAAAUUAAAUGGUAAGCCAUUGACACUUCGAAAUGUGAAAUAUUCUGGUAGGGGAAGGAUAAUUGAUGAAUUAGAUGAUAACAAAUUAGAAAUACAGGAGAAAAUAGCCAAAAUCAAUUUACAAAUUCUGACUAAGGAUGAAAUUAAAAUUAAUUUGAAGAAAUACAAUACUGGUGCUUAUAAGAAUGAAAUUGAUGAGAAGGGUAAAAGAAGAACAAGGAAAGCUCCAACUGAAUUUGAUUUAGAAACUAAGGAUAGUAAAAGUUAUGGAUUGAAUAAGACGCCUGUUAGAAUGAAAAAGGCUGAAGGUGCAACUGUUAAACCAAAUGUAAUUAAAUCUAAAUCAACUACAAGUAAAACUAAGAUUGCUGGCACUACUAUCAUGAAACCUGUUAUUAAAUCACCAUCAGCUGCCAGUGCAAAAGUUACUAGGCCAUCAUAUACGACCAAGCUAAAAGCAGUUAAGUCAUCAAGUACGUCAAAAGCAAAAACAUCAACAACAACAACAACAACAACAAAAACUAGUGUAUCAAAAGCAGCGAGAUCUCCUACAGCCACCAAAGCAAAAUCAACUACUGCUACUACCAAACUUAAAGUUACUAAACCUUCAACUACUUCAGCUUCAAGAUCCAAAUUAAUCAAUUCUUCAAAUAAAAAGGCCACUACAAGUACAAAAGUUUCAUCUACCAAAAAUAUUAAAACUUUAUCACCCUUAUCAGAACAAACGUCAUCAAUUGCAUCAACUUUAGAAAUUUCAAAGCUACCUUCUACCUCCACAACUUCAAAUUCAGAUGCAUAUAAUCAACCAAUUAAAAAUCAUUCACAAAUAGCAGCUGCGCAACACCAAACAAAUUCUACGGAAUCAACAACAGAACCAAAUACCAUCAAAGUGGCACCAUCACCAUCAUUAAGUGAUCCAGAAACAACAACUACAAAUAAACCACAACUAAAAUCAGAGAAAUUAAUGGUUUCGCCUGAUUUUAAACAAGACUCAGCACCAAUUACACCAUUAUUAAAAUCAAGCACCUUAACCGAAUCAGCUACACCUUUCAUAGAGUACAAGAAAUCAACGAAUCAGAUACAACCAAUAACUACAACAUCAACAAUUAAAGAAAUAUAUCAUGCAAAUGCAACAAAACGACGACGAGAUAAUGAAUUAGAACCGGAAUAUUUAUAUCAUAAACCAUUCCGAGAGAAACAAUAA